AUGGUUUCAAAAUCAACCUUACCCAUCGACAUUUUCCCAACCUGGGCACGCUUGAAUGAUGUGGAAUUUACCAACGCCAGAUUGCAAGAGACGGAUGGAAAGGGAAUUGGCUUAGUGGCCACCAACAACUUGACAGCAGGUGUAGAAACAUGGGGACUUGAAGGAACAGAGGAUAAACCAGAGACAGACGACCAAGUUUGCAAUUCAGAUGGCGAAAAGGGCGAAAGAGCUAGGGUAGAGACUCAUGGCCAUGUCAACAACCACCUAAAAAAGAUACUACAGGUUCCUCAUGAUUUGAUCCUUUCAACCGCUUCCAUCGAAGAGUAUUCCAAGGUCGACCAAAACUUUCGGCAACUGCUUGACUCUGCAGGACAUCAGUCGACCCGGACAGAUAUUAUGAUGUAUCUCUUGGCACAUUUAGUUCUCUCCAGUCGAGAUACUUCGAGCCCAAGAGAUCUUGUGCCAACACCAUGGACAGAGUACCUGAAGUUUCUGCCUCGUGAUAUCCCAGUCCCAACAAUGUGGUCGGAACUUGAGCGAGCUCUGCUCCAGGGCACUUCGCUAGAGGCUGCACUGGACGCUAAGCUAUCAGCUCUGAAUAAGGAGUUUGAUGAGCUCAUUGAAAGAUCAUCAGCUCUCCCGUUUUGGAACUCGUUCUUUUGGGAAAGAGAAGCGGUGACUAUUGGCGAUUGGGUAUUAGUUGACGCGUGGUACAGAUCUCGAUGUCUGGAACUACCGAGAUCUGGGCACGCGAUGGUUCCUGUACUUGACAUGGCUAAUCACUCGCACUCCCAAACUGCUUACUAUGACGAAGACGAUGAAGACAACAUUGUCUUACUCUCUCGGCCCGGUAUGGAAAUAUCCAUUGGAGACGAAGUGAAUAUAUCCUAUGGAGAAAAGUCACCCGCAGAAAUGAUUUUCAGCUAUGGGUUUAUUGACCGCGAGUCCACUGUAGAGGAACUGACUCUACCUUUGGAGUCUUUGGCCGAUGAUCCAUUAGCAAAAGCGAAACUCCACAUUUUUCGAGGGUCACCAACUCUUAAGCUAUCUCGAUCAGAUGGGGAAAUAAGCUGGCAAUGUCCCUUUGUCUACUUGAUGUGUCUGAAUGAGGAGGAUGGUCUCGAGUUCAGGGUCCUCCAAGGAACAAACGGAGACCGGGAGCUAAGGCUUUUCUGGCAGGAAGAAGAUGCCACGGCUCGAGCGAAGGAUUUUGGGGAUCUCAUCAAGAACCACCCCCUCUGUCAGAUCUUUAGGCUUCGAGCUGUUUCGGUCUUGCACGAGGUCGUAACCGACCAUCUCAUGCAGCUCUCUUCCGAGAUUUCCCAUGAUGAACUUGAGCCAUUGCUCCGGGCCGGACAGAUCAGAGACGGCCGCCUUCAGCUGGCUCAAAAGCUCAGAGAAACCGAAUCCAGUGUCCUUGAAAGCGCUGUCAUAGCUUUGGAUGAACAGGUAUGUACUUCAGUAUUUCUUUUUCAUUUCAGCACAUCCAUCCAUGACCGAUGA